GUAACUGAGCCGACUGAAGUGGAGGGGGGGGUGAGAACGCCAUGAGAGGGAGGAGAGGUAGGCCGCCCAAGACGCUCGAUGCUUCGCCGGCCGCAGGUGGCGGCGGCCCGGCGGGUAGCCUGAGGUACCGGGCCGCCGGGACGGGCAGGGGCAGAGGAGCGGACAGGAGGGGCAAUCACUCGUCGACCGAAGCUGGCGGUAGAGGGAGUCGGACCCCGCGAGGGGGCAGGACGGCCACCCGGGGCAGGGCCCGGGCGACGGUGCAUCAGCAGCACCACCAGCAGCAGCGGCAGGGCGGCAGGUCCCGCAGGCUGACCGUCAACAAAGUGAUCUACGACGACCACGAGAGCGAGGAGGAGGACGAGAGCCUGGUGUCGGAGGAAGACGAGGAUGAUGACGAGGACGAGCGAGGGAAGGAGGACGAGGACGAGCAGGAUUCGGAUUAUCACCAGGCCAGCGAUGAGGAAGAAGAGGAGGAAGACGACGAUGAUGCGAGUUAUUGCACAGAAAGCAGCUUCAGGAGUCACAGCACUUACAGCAGUACUCCAGGAAGGAGAAGGCAGAUGAGGGUCCACCGGCCACGGUCGCCACUAUUUGAAGAGACUGACAUUAUUCCUCUUGAUAUUCCAAAAUGUUCUGAGGAUUUAUUGGUGCCCACUGAACAGCUGAUGAGCAUUAUUGCUAUUUAUGAGGUGUUGAAUAAUUUUGGAACUGUCCUGCGACUUUCACCUUUCCGUUUUGAAGACUUUUGUGCUGCCGUGGUUGGUCAAGAGCAAUGCACGUUAAUUGCAGAAAUGCACAUUGCUUUAUUGAAAGCUAUUUUACGAGAAGAGGAUUCCUCUAAUACCACCUUUGGUCCUGCUGACUUAAAAGAUAGCAUCAAUUCUACAUUGUACCUUAUAGAUGGAAUGACGUGGCCAGAACUGGUACGGGCUUAUUGUGAAAGUGACCCAGAAUACCAUCAUGUACUGCCUUAUCAGGAAAAGGAUGACUACCCAUAUGGACCAAUAGAAAACAAAAUCAAAGUUCUUCAAUUUUUAGUGGAUCAGUUCCUGACAACGAACAUUGCCCGUGAGGAGUUAAUGUCUGAGGGUGUAAUUCAGUAUGAUGACCACUGUCGUGUAUGUCACAAGCUGGGUGAUCUUCUCUGUUGCGAAACUUGCUCAGCAGUAUACCAUUUGGAAUGUGUGAAGCCGCCACUUGAAGAGGUGCCAGAGGAUGAAUGGCAGUGUGAGAUAUGCGUGGCACAUAAAGUGGUCGGUGUUUUUGAUUGUGUGCCUGAAAUUCAGAAAAAUAAACCAUAUGUUCGCCACGAGCCUAUAGGAUAUGACAGGCACAGAAGGAAAUAUUGGUUCCUGACGAGAAGGAUUAUUAUUGAGGAAGACAAAGAAGAUGGAAAGGAUAAAAAAGUGUGGUAUUACAGCUCAAAGGUACAGCUGGCUGAACUUAUUGACUCUCUGGACAAAGAGUACUGGGAGUAUGACCUCUGCAAAAUACUGGAAGAAAUGCGUGAUGAAAUUCAUCGGCAUAUGGAUAUUACAGAAGACCUGACUAAUAAAGUUCGUGGCAAUAAUAAAUCUUGUCUAACCGCAGCUAACGAGGAAAUUUUGGAGCGGCAGAAAGCAAAAGAAGAAGCAGAGUUGGAGGAAGUUAAGCGAAAAGCAGCAGAUCAAGCAGAGAAAGACAGGCAAGAGAGUGGGGAUAAUACCCAGAUGGAUAUUGAGAAAAGCAAAGAAGCAUCAGAAGAGCAAACUGAAGAGAAGGACAAGGCUAGGAAUGAGACUGAAGAAAAUGUUCAGGAAAAAGGCACAGAAGACCCCACAUCUAGUGGAGAGAACCAUAGCACGGGAAGUUCUGAGACAUUGAAGAAUGAUGGCAACAGCCAAAAUCCUUCUACAGAGGAAAAUAAGGCUUCCCCGUCAAAGGAUACCGCAGAGAAUGAGCUGGCAAACUCUGAAGCUGAGAAACUAACAGAGGAGAAGAAAUUGGCAGUCGAAUCAGUACAGCUUACCAUGGAUAGAACAGAAGACAGUGGUGAAAAUUCUACUGACUCUACUGUCACAGCCAUGAAAACGCUUCCACCUUCAUUGUCUGCUGAUGAUAGUAACAGCAAUGUGGAUAUGUCCAUUGAUGCAGCCACUCAAGAGGGCAGUUACAAGAUAUCUGAGGAUUUGGAGAAUAUGGAGGUGUCCUCUCAGUCUCCUGGCAAUGGUCAGGAAGACCCAGAAUCAGUAGAACUCGGAAGUGAUAAAACAAAUGGCGAAAAUGGUGAUUCUUCUGAAACUGGUAAAGGCUCAUCUAUCCUAACCAGGAUGGUCACAAGGUUACGGAAUCCUGACAGCAAGUUGAAUCAGCUGAAGAGUGCACAGGCUGCUGCUGCAGCACAUGAGGCAAAUAAAUCAUUUAAGGAAGGCAAAGAGGUCCUGGUGGUAAAUACUCAAGGGGAAGUCUCUCGCUUGAACACAAGGAAAGAUUUGGUGAUGAAAGGAAUUGUGAAUAAUUUGUUUAAGUUAGGUCAAGAAGGAAAAUAUCGUGUAUACCAAAAUCAAUAUAGCACUAGCACCUUGGCACUCAACAAGCAUCAGCAUCGAGAGGACCAUGAUAAGCGGCGGCAUCUUUCUCACAAGUUCUGCAUGACCCCUGCGGGCGAGUUCAAAUGGAAUGGUGCUGUGCAUGGAUCAAAAGUACUUACAAUAUCUACUUUAAGGUUGACCAUUAUCCAACUGGAGAAUAAUAUCCCAUCUUCAUUUCUGCAUCCGAACUGGGCUUCACAUAGAUCUAAUUGGAUAAAAGCAGUCCAGAUGUGCAAUAAACCAAGAGAAUUUGCACUAGCUCUUGCUAUCCUUGAAUGUGCAAUCAAACCUGUUGUCAUGCUUCCCGUCUGGCGAGACUCUUUAGGACAUACCAGAUUACAUCGGUUAACAUCUGUUGAAAGAGAAGAAAAAGAAAAAAUAAAAAAACGUGAGCGAAAACAGGAGGAGGAGGAAGUUAUGCAACAAGCUACCUGGGUGAAAUAUACCUUCCCUAUCAAACAUCAGGUGUGGAAACAAAAGGGAGAAGAAUAUCGCGUGACAGGAUAUGGCGGCUGGAUGUGGAUUAGUAAAACUCAUGUUCAUCGUUUUGUGCCUCGCCUACCUGGAAAUACUAAUAUUCAUUAUAGAAAGGCACAGGAAGGUCUGCUGAAAGAUGGCUCAAGCCUGAAUGAAAAUGAGGUGAAAACAGAAUCUGAAACUUCUGAGAAACACUGUUCCUCUCAAGAUUCUAAGGACCUGCCAGAAAAUGACAUAGUCACAGACAAGUCUUUUGAGAUAAAAUCAGAAGAGGAAGAAAAAGUAGAAGAAAAGGAGGAAGUAAUGCAAAUUGAUGCGAGUCCUGAGUCACAACAAACUGAAAAGAAAGAAAACGUUGGUGCUGUCAGUCUCAGUGGUGAUAAGUUUAUCAAGGAGGAACCAGUGAAUAUGGAUGAGACCAAGAAUGAGUCCACUUCAAAAGAACAGGAAAAAUUUAUCUCGACUGAUCUCGUCAAUGUAAGCGAAGGAUUUCAACUGAGGACUUGGUAUAAAAGGAGAGUGAAAACAUCUAAAUUAGAUGGGCUGUUGGAUCGGCGGGUAAAACAGUUUACAAUGGAAGAGAAGCAACGACAAGAAAAACUGAAACAAGAAGCCUUAAUGAAAUUACCCAAAAAUGAACAGAAAAAUAUAACUGAACCACAGAAAUCUGAUAAACCUGAAAACUGUCAUCAGAGAGAGCCUGAAUCACUGGAGAAGGAGAGUGGACGCGUAGGUCAGAACUCUCCAAAGGCCACAGUUGAAAGCUCAGUGGCAUCAACACAGGAAAGCACAGUUGGGAAAAAUGAAGUCUUGACCCAAGAAAAAUUGUCAGCCUUUCCAUUGUUAAAGGAACCAGUCAUUAACAAUGUAGUUUCUAUCCAAAAGGAGGCUGUUGCUAAUUCCACUGUGGACCCACAUUUGAAAAGCAAGGAAAACGGUACUGAAGGAAAAACUCAGCAAUUGGGUACGGGGACAAAUUCUGCACAUAAUAAUUUUGAUACAAAGAACGAGAGCUUUGGGAAGAGCUGUGAGCCAGUGGUGGGAGAAAGUAACAAUGGCAAUCUAAAUACAGUUGUGGGAGUAAAUGUUGCUGAAGCUGAUGCUGAUCUGAUGGAGAUAGAUGAAUGUUGUGAAGAUAACUCCGAAAUUAAGCCAAACAAAGAGAUUAUUGGAACUAUAAAUGCAGAGAAAAUAGAUCGUGCUAUUGAAGCAAUUACUGAUGAAAGCAGUGGCCCAAUGAUUGUUGAGGAAAACGGUGUAAAAGAAUUCCCUGCCCACAUGGAAAGUAAUAGUAUUGAAAAUAGUUCUCUUGAAAAAAUGGACGCAGACUGCUAUGCAGAAAAUAAGAUCUUUGAAAUGAAAGCUUCAGAGAACAAACUGGACCUUCGGCACCCUGUUGAUCAGAUUAAUGGAAAAGAUGUAGAGUCUGUAGUAAUGAAAAAUUCUGAACUGGUCUCAUCUGAAGCAUCUGAAGUGGAACAUCGGAAGGAAAAGUGCAGUCCUAGAGCAAACUCUGAAAAUGAAAAAAAGUCAUCAAUGAAAGAGCCAGGUGUAAAGCUGGUUAUGAAUGGAGAUAUUACCAUAGAUGAUCUGGAAGAAAAACCUAACAGAAAAGAUAGGAAAAAUUUAACAGCAGCACAUUCUAAGGUUCAUGAUGGUGUUUCAGCAGAUAAAGAAGAGUUUGAUGAUGCAGCACCACAGGUAAAGGCCUCCCGGUUAGAUGAUGCAAUUGUUCAGCUAAAAGCACCUACAUUAGGUGAAACAGUCCUGCAGGGGAAGACAACCAAGUUAGAUGAAACAAUUUUACAUGCAAAUGAUCCCAAGUUAGAUAAUAUUUCUGAAAUUCUGAAUUCUGAAAAGUCAGGACUUUUAAAUCUAGCCCCAGAUAAGUUAUCAGAGUCUGAAAAAGAAGUGAAACCUUUAGAACUCGAUGGGCAGCUGUGUGAGAGAGCGUCUUCACCAUCCUUGAUUUCUGCAGCUGAUUUAACUUCGAACAAAGACUUCAGUGAACAAAAUGGGAUUCAGUCUGAAAGCGAAGGGGGGGAUGCCAGUGGCGAACAUAGGAUUAAAACGGUUGUUACAAAAAUGACCACCACAACCACAACCAUUUCCACAGAAUCCAAGACUGUUGUUAGUGUUGCAGAAGCUUCUCCACGGAGCAAUACUUCAACAGUGCUCACCUCUGUUAAGAAUUGUGCUGUUUCUUCAACAACCACCACAACAACAACACUCACAAAAGUGACCUCACCAAGUCUAGAUAGCACAGUAGAUGCCUUGACAGUAACAGAAAAAACUGUUGUUACAACCACAGUAACAGAUUCUGUGGCCACUCAAGAUGGAGUGUCGACAACUACCAUGACUGUAAGUAAAGAGUAUUCCACCAAGGACAAAGUGAAACUCAUGCGGUUCAGUCGGCCAAAAAAGACGAGAUCUGGCACAGCUCUCCCUUCGUACCGUAAAUUUAUCACCAAAAGUAGCAAAAAAAGCAUAUUUGUUUUACCAAAUGAUGACUUGAAGAAACUGGCCAGACGAUCUGGGAUUCGGGAAGUUCCAGGAUUUAACUACAAUGCAAAGCCUGCGUUGGAUAUCUGGCCAUAUCCAUCUCCAAGACCAACCUUUGGCAUUGCGUGGAGGUAUCGACUGCAAACUGUGAAAUCCUUAGCAGGUGUCAGUCUUAUGCUGCGGUUAUUGUGGGCGUGCUUGCGAUGGGAUGACAUGGCAGUUAAACCACCAGCAGGUGUCAGCACUGCACGCACAGAGACUACAGAAACUGAUAUUACCACUACUGAGAUUAUCAAACGCAGAGAUGUUGGACCAUACGGAAUCCGUUCUGAAUACUGUAUUCGGAAAAUUAUAUGUCCCAUUGGUGUACCUGAAACCCCUAAAGAAACUCCAACACCACAGAGGAAAGGUCUUCGGUCUAGUGCUUUACGACCAAAGAAAUUUGAGGCCCCAAAACAGACUGGUCCAGUUAUAAUUGAGACCUGGGUCCCAGAGGAAGAACUGGAUUUGUGGGAAAUCCGCAGUUUUGCAGAGAGGGUGGAAAAGGAGAAGGCACAGGCUGCUGAACAGCAAGCAAAGGUUAGUGAGCAGAAGAAGUCCGAAGAGUUCAAGGCCCAACUGGAGGCCCAGCUUAAACAGCAGCGCUUGGCUGCUCAGCAGAAACGACUUGAGCAGCAAAAGCUAUCUGCCACGCCUAAUUCUGCUGCUUCUGCCUCUACAACCAACAGUACUGCUACCACUAUUGCCACUCCUCAAAAGUUAGUGGUAGGCUCCUUGGCAGGGCAGGUCUCCCCAGGAACAAAAGUGGUAUUUACCACUAAAGUGGGUUCACCAACUACUGUAACAUUUCAGCCAAACAAGAAUUUUCAGCAGAGUUUUGCUACCUGGAUCAAGCAAGGCCAGACUGGAUCAGUCACCAGCACAGUUGCCAACACAGGUACAACAAUUGCCACCACAGGUCAGACGUUCCAGAUCACAGGGAGUCCAGUAACCAUGACGGGUAAGGUGAUCACUGCCAAGCUUCCAAUUCCUGCAAACAGCAAAAUCCUCACCGUCAAUGUGCCAACCACUCAAGGAGGAGUUGUUCAGGUGCAGCAGAAAGUUUUGGGAAUCAUUCCAUCAGGCACUACUACAAGCCAGCAAACCUUUACUUCAUUCCAACCAAGAACAGCCACAGUAACUCUACGACAGAAUGCACCAGGUACAACGACAUCAACUCAGCAGGUACAGGUUCUCACAACAGGAGGAACAACACAGAUACGCCCUGGCGUUACAGUAAUAAGGGCACCUUUUCAGCAGACAGCAGCAAUUGGGAAAACUAUAAUACGAACACCUUUGAUGGUACAACAAGGUAUACUUCCAGCCACUCAAAACCAACAAGUAGUCACCCAGAUUAUUCGUGGACAGGCUGUAACAACAGUGCCAAGUACAAGCAACUUGGUUCAAAGUUCCACCCAGAAGAUGGUUACUGCUCCAAGCACGCCUAUGCAGCCUGUCCAAAGUCGACCUGCCACACCACAAGGCCAACAGCCAACCCAAAGGCCACAGCAGGGACAGGUCCGGUUAACAAUGGCACAGCUCACUCAGCUCACACAAGGGCAGAGUGGAGGUCAGGGACUGACUGUGGUUAUUCAAGGGCAGGGGCAAACAACUGGACAGCUUCAACUUAUCCCACAAGGUGUAUCAGUUAUACCUGGGCCAGGACAGCAGUUGAUGCAGGCUGCUAUGCCAAGUGGAACAAUUCAGAGAUUCCUCUUCACGCCAUUAACAACAGUGACAGCAUCAGUUGCUGCAACUACAGCGGCCACUACGACAACAAUAGCACCAGCUUCAGUGGAACCAAAACCUGUGCAGACUACUGUACAACAAACACAGUCUCCAGUUCAGUCACCUCCUCAGCCUCCGCCACCUUCUCCAGUUCAGACACCAGCUGCCUCCCAACCACCGUCCUCUGUACAACCUGUCCAAACGCAGCCAGCACAAGGCCAGCCAACUGAAAAGAUCCAAGCUCAGCCGCAAACCCAGGUUCCUUCAGCACAGACUGUACAGUCCCCGCCUCCGCCCCAGCAACCUCAGCUCCAGGCUCAGACAAUGGCUCCUCCACUUCCACUUCAAACCCAGCUUACGACUCAGGCAGCAGCUGAGACACAGACUCUGCCUCAGGUUUCUCAGGGUGUGGUUCAGCAGCAAGUGAAGCUUCAGGUCCCCGUUCAGAUUCAGCAGCCAGGUCUGACCCCAGCCCAGCAAAUCCAAAAUGUUGUCAGCGUGCAAGCAGCCAGCGUUCAGGAACAGCUCCAGCGAAUCCAGCAGAUCCGCGAACAGCAACAGCAAAAGAAACAACUGCAGAUAGACGCUAAAAGGGAACAUUUGCUGCAGACAACAAAUCAAAAUGAAAUUAUUCAGAAACAGGUGGUAAUGAAACAAAAUGCUGUCAUAGAGCACUUGAAGGCAAAAAGUAGGAUGAUGUCACCUGCAGAGCGGGAAGAAAACCAGAGAAUGAUUGUGUGUAAUCAGGUCAUGAAGUAUAUUCUGGAUAAAAUUGAUAAAGAAGAAAAGCAAGCAGCAAAGAAGAGAAAACGGGAUGAAAAUGUGGAGCAAAAGCGCAGUAAACAGAACGCCACCAAGCUAUCAGCACUGUUGUUCAAACACAAAGAGCAAUUGAAAGCUGAGAUCCUUAAGAAAAGGGCAUUAUUGGACAAAGAACUUCAAAUUGAGGUCCAGGAGGAACUGAGAAAAGAUAGGAAUAAGUUGAGGAAAGAGAAGGAGAAGGCACAGGCAGCUGCUCUGCACACCGCAGCCCUUGCAAAUGCAAAUGCAAUACAAACCGUGGUGACGCAGAAACGAAAAAGGGAGGAGGAGAAGGAACCUGCAAAGGUGAAGAAGAAGAAGAUGAUUUCUACUACCUCAAAAGAAUCCAAGAAGGACACAAAGCUUUACUGCAUCUGCAAGACACCUUAUGAUGAAUCAAAGUUCUACAUUGGCUGUGAUCUCUGUACGAAUUGGUAUCAUGGAGAAUGUGUUGGUAUCACAGAAAAAGAGGCUAAAAAAAUGGAUGAGUACAUUUGCAAUGAGUGUAAACGAGCACAGGAGGGCAGCAGCGAGGAGCUCUACUGUAUCUGUAGAACACCAUACGACGAAUCACAGUUUUACAUCGGCUGUGACCGUUGCCAGAACUGGUAUCAUGGGCGCUGUGUUGGCAUACUUCAGAGUGAGGCUGAUCUCAUUGAUGAGUAUGUCUGUCCACAGUGCCAGUCCACGGAGGAUGCUAUGACUGUGCUCAGCCCUCUUUCCGAAAAAGACUACGAGGGUCUUAGACGGGUGCUGCGCUCAUUACAGGCUCAUAAAAUGGCUUGGCCCUUCUUGGAACCAGUAGAUCCCAAUGAUGCACCAGAUUACUAUGGUAUCAUCAAAGAGCCAAUGGACUUGGCCACCAUGGAAGAAAGAGUGCAUCAUCGAUUCUACAAGAAACUGACAGACUUUGUUGGUGACAUGACCAAAAUAUUUGACAACUGUCGUUAUUAUAAUCCAAGUGAUUCACCGUUUUAUCAAUGUGCAGAGGUUCUAGAAUCGUUUUUUGUACAGAAACUGAAGACGUUCAAAGCAAAUAGGUCUCAUUCCUAACAAACUACACUCUACUGCGUAGACUGCAGCACUCUCUAGACUUCAAACAACAAGGAACAGUAUCGUACAAAGCAUGAAUGACAGGAUCCGUGUCCAGAAUGCAGCGAGAAGUUGAUGCCACCAGAGGCAGAUAUACUUAUUCUGGUCUCCCUGACUGACUGACUGACUGACUGACUGACCUUAACCAGCACUGUUGUUCAAGCACCAAUCAGUUACCUGAAUUGGAUGAAGCCCCAUUUUGUUUGUUAGAAGCUCAAAGGGAGAAAUUAAAAGAAGAGGAGAAGGAAGGAAAUUAGAAAUAAGCAAGCCACCUUUUACCAGCCCUAUCGACUUUGCAACCUCCUCAUAUGGCACGAGGUGGGAGGCACGAAGCAUCCUGCCCAUUCUUGUCAUUACAAGGGGCUGGCUUCAGUUUUCCCAGCGAAAUUCAUCACCACAGUUCUUCAGUGAAGAAGCUGGCUGCAAGCUGUCUUUAAUGAAACAAACAUGUUUAAGUUUGACAGCUGUAUUUAUUUAUUACUGAGAAAAGAUGAAGCUUUCUUUUUUAGAAUCUGCUGCCCUUGUUUGUCAACUAAUUAUGUGCUUUUUUUUCCUAUUGAUAUAAAAAGACCUCACUUGCAGAUAAGCCGGUCUUUUUUAUGUAAUUGCUGUAGGUAACGGUGAGUGAUAAACCCCUUGUUCCUUUCUUUCAUUGAAAGGAGUCAUUUCAUGUACACAUGCACGCACACACACACACGCGCACGCACACACACACACACACACACACACACACACACACAGAGUAUGUACACACUGACACACGUGAGCACAGCGAAAUGGGAUCCAACCAGAUGUUUUCUUUUGCUAACCGAUCUGACCAUGGUGGAGCUCCGUGUGGCUGAGUGGGCAACGGCAUUGACACCUUACAGAUUCGACUGCCCGCAUUGGUGAAGGGAAAGCACCAGAAAACUGGCAAUCACUCGACAGAAAUUUGUUAGACUGAAACAGUGUGUACUGAAGAUAUCUUGUAUGUAAACAUUUUGUCAGAUGCUGAUUUUUUUUUGUUUCUUUUUUUGUAUUAAGGUUCAGAAAUAUUGAUGUAUAUGAAAACAAUAAAUGGAGGAAACCAUUAUCUCCCACAGAGAAAAUCCACAAGUGUUUCUGUAUGUGCUUAAAAUGACCCAUUUGUGAGACUUCAGGUCUCCCAAGAAUUCUAACAAAAGAAACAAUAUUUGGAAAAGGUGUAAGGACACUUUAAGUUUGAAAUGCUGCAUAUUGUAUGCAUUUGUAUUGAGUUUUAAAAUAAGGGGGAGCUAUGGACUAACUCUCUAGAGUUGUGAAAUACUGCAUAUCUCAUCACCACAUCACAGUAUUUCUGUACUAUUUAUUCAUAUCCACGAACUUAUUCGUUUGAGUAAUGUUGCAAAAAAAAAUCUUUCCUACCUGUAGGCAAUAGAUUGCUAUCUAUGUUUUUAACAGAUUGUGGCGACUAUGAAGAGUAAUUCUUUUGUACUUGAUAGGACAUUUCAUCCUAGACAAUAAAGUAAUGUUUUUGACAUCAA